UUACAGCGGCUCGAUGUUAUUCUCAGUAGUUAUCCAGAAGGGCACAAAUCAGCUGCUGUAAUCCCACUGCUAGAUCUGGCUCAGAGACAACAUGGUUGGCUACCUAUCUCUGCCAUGAACAAGGUUGCCGAGCUUCUGAAUAUGCCUUGUAUGAGGGUAUAUGAAGUAGCAACGUUUUACACGAUGUUUAACCGCAAGCCAAUGGGAAAGUACCAUAUUCAGAUCUGCACGACCACACCAUGUAUGCUCCGAGAGUCUGAUAGUAUUGUAGAAUGUGUCACAAAAAAACUUGGUAUCUCUAUUGGGGAAACUACACCUGACAAGCUUUUCACUGUCACGGAGGUGGAAUGUCUGGGCGCCUGUGUGAAUGCACCAAUGGUGCAAAUUAAUGACAAUUAUUAUGAAGACCUAACAGCAAAAGAUAUGGAAGAAAUAAUUGAUGAAUUAAAAGCUGGCAAAAUUCCCAAACCUGGACCAAGGAGUGGACGUUUUUCUUGUGAGCCUGCUAAAGGUUUAACUUCACUAUUAGAACCACCCAAGGGACCAGGUUUUGGAAUUCAACCAGGCCUUUAACCAGCUACGUGCAUCUACAAGAUCGGUUAUGUAUUGAACUUGUGUAGAUCUCAUUGUAUGCGCAUUAUAAAUGUAUAUAAAAGUUUUCAUUCCACCAUAAAACAUGAAUCUGUUGGUUUUCA